UUUUGACAUGGCGAGGAAACGCAACAACCGCCGUGGUGACGACUCGGACGACGAGCCUGCUCCGGCCGCCGCCGCUGCUCCCCCCGCCGAGGAGAAUGCGAAGGGAAGCAAGAAGGACAAGAGCAAAGGAGGGAAGAAGCAACAAGCGGCUGCAGUCGUAGUCGACGAGAACGACGACGAAGACGAGGAGGAUCCAUAUGUCCAAGCCGCCGCUGCCGCUGCGUCCAAGAAAAAGGAUAAGAAGAAAGACAAGAAGAACAAGCAAGCCUAUGCGGACGAAGACGACGAAGUGGACAACGUUCCUGCUGAGGAUGAUGAGGAAGACGAUCCGUAUGUCCAAGCCGCUGCUGCCGCCGCCGCUAAAAAGAAGGACAAGAAGAAGGAUAAGAAGAAGCAGGCCGUUGUCGUUGUAGAGGACGUAGACGAGGCAAGCGACGAAGAGGAGGAUCCGUACGUCCUAGCGGCUGCUGCGGCGGCCGCCAAGAAAAAGGACAAGAAGAAGGACAAGAAGAAGCAAGCGUUUGUUGCCGAACACGUCGAGGCCGCCGACGACGACAACGACGACGAUGACGCUGACGAUCCAUACGUUCAAGCGGCUGCUGCGGCGGCCGCCAAGAAAAAGGACAAAAAGAAGGACAAGAAGAAGCAAGCUGUUGUCAUUGAAGAAGUCGAGAGCGAAGUCGACGACACGGACAUCGUCGUGGAAGGCAUCGAACAAGCCGCCGCGGCCGACGAGGAAGAAGAAGAAGAGGUGGUUGAAACCAAGGUAGUACCCGCAUCCGACGCCGACAAGAAGAAGGACAAGAAGAAGGCCAAGAAGAAGGCGGCGUUUGCAGCGGCGCUUCUGGAGACGAUUGAAAAGCUUGACGAUGCAGCGAAUGACCCCACCACCACGUCGUCUGAGGCGGCGGCCAAGAAGAAGAAGGACCGAAGCGCGAAAGACGGCAAGAAGCUCAGCAACAAGGAGCGGCGCAAGCUCAAGGAAGACGCCGACGCCACCGAGCGCGACGCCGAGUACCAUCGCGCCGCCAACCCCAUGGACGGCAAGCAGUUUUCCGUGUCCCAGCAAGCGUUCACGGAGGACGCCAACUGGGAAAACGCGACGGACAUCCACAUCGACAACUUUACCAUCAACGCGCACAACAAGCUCUUGUACGACAACGCUUCGCUGCACAUCAACCACGGCGGCAAGUACGGGUUGGUUGGGCCGAACGGCCAAGGCAAGACGACGAUCCUCAAGAUGAUUGCGCUGGGCGAACUGCGCAUCCCCCCCAAGAUCGACUGCUUGUACGUGGAGCAAGAGGUCGUGGCCGACGACACGCGGGCGGUGGACGCGGUGCUCAAGGCAGACGCGGAACGGUGGGCGUUGCUCGAAGAGGAGACGGCGCUGCUGGCGCAACUGGACGAGGCCCCCAGCGACCAACUGGACGAACGCCUGAACGAAGUGUACGAGCAGCUGGCCGGCAUGAACGCGUCGGCAGCCGAGGCUCGCGCGCGGCGCAUCUUGUUUGGGCUCGGCUUCGACUCGGACAUGCAGGAGAAGGUGACCAAAGACUUUUCCGGCGGAUGGCGGAUGCGGAUCUCGUUGGCCAAGGCGCUGUAUGUGGAGCCGACGCUGCUCAUGUUGGACGAACCGACCAACCAUUUGGACCUGAACGCAGUCAUUUGGCUGGACGACUACCUUCAAAAGUGGAAGAAGACACUGCUUAUCGUGUCGCACGACGCCGACUUUUUGAAUUCCGUGUGCGGCGAGAUCUUGCACUUGGAAAGCAAAAAAAUCGUGUCGUACAAGGGCAACUACGACAUGUUCAAGGAAAUGGAAGUGCAAAAGCGAAAGCAGGCGGAAAAAGCGUGGGAAAAGCAGCAAAAACAGCUCCGUGCGCUCAAGGCCAAGGGCGCGUCGUCCUCGAAGGCGUCUGAUAUUGUCAAGAAGCAGCGCGAACCGGGCGCCCGCGCCGACAAGAAGAAGGCCAAGUCGUCGGUCGAGUCGGCGCAAGAUUCAGGAAAGACCCUCGAGCUCCUAGAGCGACCCCGCGAGUACACGGUCAAGUUUAGCUUCAAGGAGAUCACGCAGCUGUCGCCGCCAAUCCUCGAAGUUCGAGAAGUGAGCUUUAAGUAUGGCAACGGGCCGUACUUGUUUAAGGACGUCGACUUUGGGCUCGAUACGGGCUCCCGCGUGUGUAUUGUCGGGCCCAACGGCGUCGGCAAGAGUACGCUGCUCAAGGUGAUCACGGGUGACUUGACGAUCGAGGAGGGCGAAGUCCGACGCAACGGCCGCCUCCGCAUGGGUGUGUACAACCAGCACUUUGUGGACAAGCUGCCGAUGGGCGAGACCCCCGUGGAGUACCUCCGUCGGCUAUUUCAGGAUAUUACGUACCAAGAUGCUCGCAACUUGCUCGGCAAGGUGGGGCUGGAAGGCCACGCGCACGAGAUCAAGAACCGACUGCUUUCGGGUGGCCAAAAGGCCCGUGUGGUCCUCGCCGAGCUCAUCCUGAUGAACCCGCACAUGCUGGUACUGGAUGAACCGACCAACAACUUGGAUAUUGAAAGUAUCGACGCGCUAUGCGAUGCUCUGAACGCGUUCGACGGGGGCGUCGUGGUUGUCACGCACGACGCGCGGUUGAUUGCCGCCAUCAACUGCGUGCUGUGGGUGGUCGGUGACCAAGACUGCAUUGCGUACAAUGGCACGUUUGAAGAGUACAAGAGUGCAAUUUUGGAUGACAUUAUGAAGAAGGCCGAGCACGAAGCGUCGCGGAUCCAAGACAACGCGGCCAAGAAGGCCGAAAAGCGAGCGGAAAAGUACAAAAAGUAGCAUCGAUCGUCACAAAAAAUUAGUACUAUGGAGAAUGCAAUUCCGCGUUUCGUACUCGUUGUGGA